AUGUCUUUGCUCCCGGGUGAGCGCUGGCUGUGUGUGGCUCGCGCUACGCGGUGUUGUCUCUGGGAACGCGAAGCGCCCGUGUGCCCGAGUCUCUGGAAGUGUAAGGUGUGUCCCCUUCCUCCCCCAUACGCGGAGCGUCUGUGCCUCAGCCUUUCCGAGUACACGGUGUGCCCCCCGCCUCAGCCCCAUACGCUCAGCGCCUGUAUCCCCAAGUUCUUGCGAAAAACCCAGGCGCCGUCGGAAAGUCCCGCAGCGGCUGCGCAGCCGAGCCAGGGCUGCGGCUGCCUCGGCCCCGCCGCCAGGGGCCGCCCGCCCGCCCGCCUCCCAACGCCCAGGAGCCCAGCUGGCCCGGGACGGCGGCGUCAGCGACCCUGCCCGGCCCUGCCCAGCCCUGUCGCCGCGGGCGCUGACGGCAGCCUCGGCGAGCCCCAGCUCCACCGGCCCCGAGCCAGGUGCCGGGGGCAGGGAGAGGCGCGGCGGGGCAGCGAGGGACGCCCUCUUCCUUCUCGAGCCCGGCCAACUGCCCAGCUCACCUCGUGGCUCUGCUCCCUCCCUGGUCACAAGAUGGUUGUAGCAGUUCCAGCUAUCACAAUCUCACAGCAAUGUCCAGGCUAUGCUGCCUCUCCAGGUGAGAGGACUUGGGAAUCUGUAGAGAAAGGAGCCUUUGCAGGUGUGGUGCUGAAGAACCAUUCACCAGGAAGAAAAAUUCCUGUAAAUUACUGGAGGCUGCCAAGCUGUUCUGUGAAGUGCAGUGAUGGAACUUCAGAGAAGGCGUCCACAGUUAGGAACAAGCUGAACAAACAAAUGGGCCUUCCUUGGAAUGUCAACCAACAAGAGCCCUGCUCCUGCUGACAGAGGUUGUAAAUUUUACUGACGACCCCUCUAGAAUGUCAGCUCCACUGCCCAGUUUCCCUGGGAAGCUGCAGAGAGAAGUAACAAAGCCAAAGUCUAUCUUUGUUGCCUUUCUUUAGGAGGCCCAAUAACCCGUAACACUAGCACCAUAAGUUGAGCACUACUCUUCAUGCUCCUAAAAUUUUCUCCUCCUAACAUAGUUUCAGUGGUUACUGUCAUGAUCUAACCAUUUCAGCUACAUUAAACUAGACAAAGCUUCUGCACAGCAAUGAAAACCAUCAACAAAAUGAAAAGACAACCUACAGAAUGGAAGAAAAUAUUUGCAAAUUAUAUAUCUGAUAAGGAGUUAAUAUCUAAAAUAUAUAAAUAUAUACAUAAGGUGUGUAAAUAUACAAAGAACUCAUACAACUCAGUAACAACAACAACAAAAAACCCCCCAACACUCCAAUUAAAAAAUGGGCAGAAAAACUAAACAGUUUUUCAAAAAAGACAUACAAGUGAUUAACAGGUAAAUGAAAAGGUGGUCAACAUCACUAAUCAUUAGGAAAAUAAAAAUCAAGACCACCGUGAGAUAUUACCUCACACCUGUUAGAAUGGCUAUUAUAAAAAAUACAAGAGAUAACAAGUGUUGGUAAGGAUGUGGAGAAAAGAGAAUCUUUGUGCACUGUUGGUGGGAAUGUAAACUGCUGCAGCAGUUUCCAUACUAUGGAAAACAGUAUGGAGGUUCCUAAAAAAAUUAAAAAUGAUCCAGCAAUUCCACUUCUGGGUGUUUAUCUGAAGAAAAUGAAAGCACUGUCUUGAAAAGAUAUCUGCAUCUCUAUGUUCAUGGCAGCACUAUUUACAAUAGCCAAGACAUGGAAACAGCCUAAGUUUCCAUCAAGGGAUGAAUGGAUAAAGAAGAUGUGGUAUAUAUGUACAAUGGAAUAUUAUUCGGCCAUAAAAAAGCAGAAAAUCCUGCCAUUUGCAAGAGCAAUGAAUGGACAUUGAGGACAUUAUGCUAAGUGAAAUAAAUCAGAGAAAGACAAAUACUGUAUGAUCUCACUUAUAUGCAGAAUCUAAAAUAUCAGACUUAUAGAUACAGCGAGUAGAUCGCUUGUUGCCAGAGGCUGGGGGGUGGGUGUUGAGGGAAGUGGAUGAAGGUGAUCAAAAGGUACAAACUUCCAGCUGUAAGAUGAAGAAGUUCUGGAGACAUAGCUUACAACAUGGUGACUGUACUUAACAGUAAUGUGUUGUAUAUUUGAAAGUUGCUAAGAGAGUAGAUCUUAAAAGUUAUCAUCACAAGAAAAAAUUGUAACUAUGUAAGGUGAUGGAUGUUUUUAUUGUGGUAAUCAUUUCAUAAUAUAUAUGUAUAUAAAAUCAUUAUGUUGUACACCUUAAACUUAUACAAUGCUAUGUGUCAGUUAUAUCUCAAUAAA